AUGUCCAAGCCACCGAAAGAGGAGAGGCAGAAGAAGACGAUGCGAAAGAAGUGUGCACGUCAUUGGCGACGGCAGAGAACAGCCGAUCAUAUAAGGAUUCUCUCGAGCACUUUCACAUGGGAAGAUUUCGUGAAGCAGUUCACGUCUUCAAUGGAAUUGGUGGCCAGCAAUACGAAAUUUAUUGACAAGAGUUUAUCGUUGGAUGCAAUUCACAAGUUGCCUCCGCUGUUGGUCUCAUCGCUCUUUGAAAAUUCAUUAGUCAUGGAUGAAGCCAUCCAGGAUUGCUCGAAAUCGGCUGUGUUUCAAUUUUAUAUCGAAGACUCGGCGUCAUCAGUCGUUAUCAAUGUGGUUGGCACUGAUGUUGAUAAGGCCAACAUGAUCUCUUUACUUAUUCCGGCGAAUGACGAUAUUGACGUGACCAAAAACACGAUCUACAUUGAUAGGAAUACUGUCAGCUUAGCCAUCGAUGCGACAAAACUCAAUCAUCUCGGUGUAGCCUGGUCUUUAACUGUGAAAACCACGACUGGAUCAUGUUAUGUUCAG